GAGUAUAAAAGUAUGAACACUCAACAGGACUGGCUGUAGUGGUGGGCAUUGAAACGAUGGAAGUCUGCAAAGCACUCUGUUUGGUGACUCUACUAGUUACCCUCUUUUCAAAAGUGUCUCACUCUCAGUUGGAUGUGUGUGGAAUCUCUCCUCUCAACACUAGGAUCGUGGGGGGUCAGGAUGCUCCUCCAGGGAGUUGGCCAUGGCAGGCCAGUCUGCAGAGAUCUGGCAGCCAUUUUUGUGGGGGAUCCCUUAUUAACAAAGAGUGGGUACUGACUGCUGCUCACUGCUUUCCCAGCACCAGUACAUUAUAUUUGGUGGUCUACCUGGGUCGUCAGAACCAGCAGGGCUCCAACCCUAAUGAAGUGAGCCGUACGGUCACUCAGAUCAUCUGCCACCCCAACUACAUCAGGAGGACCAAUGACAACGACAUGUGUCUGCUGAAGCUCUCCUCCUCUGUGACUUUUACCAACUACAUCCGGCCAGUCUGCCUAGCUGCACAAGGCAGCUCCUUCUAUGCUGGCACUACUAGCUGGGUCACAGGCUGGGGCACCCUCAGCAGUGGAGGAUCUCUACCACAGGUCCUACAGGAGGUGGAUGUGCCAGUAGUGGGAAACAGGCAGUGUAACUGUAAUUAUGGAGCUGGCUCCAUCACUGACAACAUGAUCUGUGCUGGUCUAUCAGCAGGAGGAAAGGAUUCCUGUCAGGGGGACUCAGGAGGUCCGCUUGUGAGCAAACAGGGUACUCACUGGAUCCAGUCUGGCGUUGUGAGUUUUGGCAACGGUUGUGCUCUGGCAAAUUUCCCAGGUGUGUACGCCAGAGUUUCCCAGUACCAGACCUGGAUCAAGAGCCAGAUUACCAGUGACCAACCUGGCUUCAUCACCUUCUCAUCCAGUGGGACUGACUCUGACCUCAGUGUCACCUGCACCACCACCACCCCCCCUACUACCACACCCGCACCUGUGGUGUGUGGCAGCGCUAGCGCCUCUUUGAACUCCCGUAUUGGUGGGGGAAGCUCGUUGGCGACAGCAGGCUUGUGGCCCUGGAUAGCCAGCCUACAGAAGAACGGAGCACACGUGUGCGGGGGCACGUUAGUGGCGGUGGACUCUGUCAUGAGCGACGCUAGCUGCUUCUCCAGCCAGCCCAACACCGCUCAAUGGACCGUGAUCCUGGGUCGUCUGAAGCAAAACGGCUCCAACCCUAAUGAGGUAACCCUGAACGUCAUCAACAUCACCAUGAGCAACUUGACGGGCAACAACGUGGCCAUCCUCCGACUGGCCAGCCAACCCAAGUUAUCUAACUACAUCCAGCCUAUCUGUGUGGACCAGGGAACCAGCACCUUCAGCACAGGGACUAAGUGCUGGGUGGCUGGCUGGGGCACUGGCCAGGGUGGGGCUGAGCAAGUCCUGCAGGAGUUCCAGACCUCUGUGGUGGAAUGCAUGAAUGUUUCAUCUUUGGACAACAUUUGUACCGGACCUGUGACACUACUGCAGGAUGAUGUGGGUGGUCCUCUGAUGUGUAAGCAGGGCAACUCAUGGUUUCAGACUGCUGUGUUGACUGUCGAUAGCAGCAACGCCACAAGCAGCAACACCACUAGCACUAGUAAAGCACGAUGGAGCAAGAGUCCUCGCGCCUCCACCAUCCAAGUCUUCACCAAAACCUCCCGCUUUAAGAACUUCCUGGCUACCAAUUUGGGAACCCUCCUAUCCCCCGCCUUAGCUGGUGGCAGCAGUGGAGCUUCCAUGGCCCACUCCUCCUUCUCUCUCUUCCCCUUCUUCUCCCUCUCCUUUGUCCUCCUGUUGGGUUGGGAUUGACACUAAGCAACUCAAAGGCAACCAUUAUUGACAAGCCCGUUCCGUAACUUCCAACUAACCAAAAGUCAGUGACUGGCAGUGUGUCAAAGCAGAGUGUGUCAGAGUGUGUCAAAGCCAACGUUGAACUCAGGGAGCCUUCAUCUCCGGUCACUUGAAUUAUGAAUGUUUACAACUUCCCCUUUGUUUUUCUUUACUAUGUCAAAGUCAAUCAAUAAAAUAUAUUUUUGCUGUCACAAUUG